UGAUAUAUGCAUAUCUAGCAGCUACUGGUGGGAGCUAGCGAGGCGUGACGCAGGGGUUGGCAAAAGACGGGAAGGUCGAGGCCACAUUGCAGACUGGUUGCCAACACUUUUUUCCCGUUCGUCAGAGUCGCGUCUUGGCAGCCAAGAGGACCCGCACUUUUGUCCCCCCGCCGCUCAGGUCGUCCCCAGUCCGCUGGAGCUUAGGUCGCUCCCUGGCUGAGGCCAGUGUUCGCCGCCUUUGGGACACCUCACGCUUCUAGAAUAGAUAUUUGGCCUUGAAUUCCACUUCCCUUCUGCUUCCUCCUUUCUUCGCUUCGUCAAACCCAUUUCCUAUCUCCUUGCUUCCCCGGUUUCCCCCCAACGUCAAUCAUCAUGGUCAACUUCAGGUGGUGCUCUCUCGCCCUGCUCGCUCUCCGCGCCGUCUCUGUCUUCGCACAAGAAGAGACAUUCGGCGAUGAUUCGACUGCGGCUCCCGUCUCGCAGCCCGAGCUGAAGGCCGAUAUCGAGACUACCUUCCCCGAUGCCGACAUUUUUGGCGUCAAACUCGUAAACGGCAAGGUCACCAAGGCCCUCAUCGAUAUUACCAACCAGGAGGAUGGCCCUAUCCAGGUCGCCUUCGUUGGCGGUGCCCUCAAGACCACUCGCCCCCUGCCCGAGGACGCGCCUGUCUACGCCCAGAUUGUGCGCAACUUAACCGCCACUCGGUUCCAGAUCGAGAUUCCGGCUGGCGAGAAGCAGACUCUCCCUUACAACUUUGUCUUGGAUAUGAUGCCCCAGGAUGUCGUUGUCGAGCUUCUUGCCGUCGUCACCAACCCCGCCGGCGAGGUUUUUGAGAUCCAGCUGCACAACGGCACCGCCAGCAUUGUUGAGGCCCCCACCAGCAUCUUCGACCCCCAGAUCAUUUUCCUCUACCUCUUCUUGACCGGUGUCUUCGGCGCUACCCUCUACUUCGUCUACAAGACCUGGAUCGAGGCUCUCUUCCCCCAGGCUGUUAAGAAGACCAAGGCCCCUAAGGUCAAGAAGGUCGAAGUUUCCGAGCCCUUGUCUGGUUCCGAGUCGGCCGGUGCCACCUCUGGCGGCGAGAAGAACUUUGACGAGAGCUGGAUUCCCUCGCACCAUCUCAACCGCCCCGUUGCCCGCCGCGUCAAGAGCGGUGCCAGCGCCAAGGCCAAGAAAGGUGGUGAUCAAUGAACGGGGGGACUGCAACAACCUUCUUUGCAGUUUUCGCGUAAACACACCCUUUAUAGACAUCUAAUUACAUUGGAUCGAUCCUGUUCUCUUUAUGUCUUUAUAUACCGGGAG